AUGAAUGUUGAUGGCUAUUCAUGUAGUAACUUUGAUGAUUUUACUGCGGGUAAAUGUUCAUUGCAAUGUGAUGGUAAGACUCACCAAUGUAACCGUAUGGGUUAUUGGGCUUCAUCUACUAGUGGCAAAGGUGAUCUGUUUUUGAGAACUCAAGAUGCUAACGCUUUUCCAUAUUGCAUAAAUCAUUAUCAAAUUACUCUUCAAUCGGGUUCAGACUAUGCACAAACACGCGGUGUAGUAACUGUUACACUUGUUGGUUCUCUUCAAACAGUUUCUGUCACUUUUGACGAUGGAGAUACAACAUUUACACGAAACUCACUUGUAACUCGUUUCAUUCCACUUACUGUUAAUAUUGGUGAAGUACAACAAGUUGAAAUUGAUUUUAAGAAAAAAGCUAAUUUACUUACAACAUUAUUGUAUUCACCUUCAUGGACGUUUACAAAAGCUACAGUACUCGAUGGUGACAAUCAACAUAGUCGAGUCUUCUGUGCUGGUAAUUCUAUUAAUGCAAAGGAUUCAAAAAUUCGAUUAGCUUCAUGUUAA